AAGAGAUAAAAUAAGACAUAACUAAGGAGAACUUGGGGUGCCAAAGUUAAGAUCCUUCCUCCAAGAGUAUAAUGGCUGUGACAUACUUGAUGUGUCACCAGUUAAUUGGAAGUGUCAUGGAGGAUGGCAAGAACAAGUGCCUAAUUAAAGGCAGCAAAAAGGAAACCAAGAAGAAAGCGGUUGAUCCAUUUUCUAAGAAAAACAGGUACGAUGUGAAGGCACCAGCUAUGCUCAAUAUAAGAAAUACUGGAAAAACAGUAGUCGUGAGAACUCAAGGAACCAAAAUCACAUCUGAUGGCCUCAGGAUCGUGUUUCUGAAGUGAGCCUUGCCGAUCUGCAGAAUGAUGAAGUUGCACUUAGAAAAUCCAAGCUAGGGGCGCCUGGGUGGCACAGUCAUUGGGUGUCUGCCUUCGGCUCAGGGUGUGAUCCCGGCGUUCUGGGAUCAAGCCCCACAUCAGGCUCCU